UGGAGUGUAAACAUUAGUGUCGUGAAAUCGCGACAGUCGGAGAACAGGACUCGCUCACUAGCAACGCAGGACUGUGUGCGCUUCGACUACAUUCUUGAAAUAGCAUAUAAAUGUGUUGAACCAUCGGGAGGCUGUCGAUAUAACACGGAAGGAACGAAACUGAAGGUAGUGGAAAUGCAGCCUUUCCGCGUGUCACCGGAGAUGCUUGGGGGACUGGAGGAGAGAUUGCAGUUUUUAGGGGGCCACCAAGUGCCUGUGAGCCCCCCGUGCAGUCCUCCGGCCCAGAGCAUCACCCCGCCUUCGCCCCUGCAAGACGAGAACAGCAACAUCAAGAAAGAGUUAUCAGCAGAAGUAAAACUCGAGAAGCCAGAGCAGGAGCCCGCCGCCGCCGCUUCGCCUCCUCUCGCCUCCUCCCCCGCCUCCGCCGAGGAGCGCCAGGCCCCUCCGAUGGCGCUGAAGGAGACCCCGACCUCAUGCCCCACGAGCGGCCCGAGUGCGGCGGAGAUUCGGCGCUACAGGACGGCCUUCACGCGGGAGCAGAUCGGCCGCCUGGAGAAGGAGUUCCUCCGGGAGAACUACGUGAGUCGGCCGCGGCGUUGCGAGCUGGCGCAGGAGCUGGGGCUGCCCGAGGCCACGAUCAAGGUGUGGUUCCAGAACCGGCGCAUGAAGGACAAGCGGCAGCGCCUCGCCCUGGCCUGGCCCUACGCGGACCCUGCGCUGGCGGCCUACCUCCUGCACGCGGCCGCCGCCACGGCGCCUACCCGCCCUACCUGCCGCCUCGCUUCCGCCGGGGUCGCCGUGGGCGGCCGCCGCAGCUGCAGCCGCCGCCGCCGGCGUGGCAGGCACUCCGUCCUACUCCUCGCCGACACAUGCCACUCCGCUCUCGAGGUUCGCCCCCUACGCCCGCCCACACCCGCCCGUUCUCUCCCGCCGUACUCCAGGCCUUCCGAGGUGCACAUGCCGCCCUCCGCCUCCGUCCUCACGCCCACGCCGGUGGUCCCACGACCCAUCGUGGGCGGCCACCUGCCAUCCUGCCCAGUGCGCGACUCGCCCUCCAAGAUAGGCGUCGAGGGCUGUCUCUGUGGGCUGCUUGCGUACCCUGGUCUGGCAAGUCACACCCUCGCUCAGGAAUCCGCCCUUCCCUUCCCGCCCACGCUCCUGGCCUCCACCACAGCCACUUCCGGAAGUCCCACCCUGACCGCCCACACCCCCGCCUCGAGCAGCACCUCCUCCUCCACCUCCUCCUCCAGUGACAAGGUCGACCUCGACGUGUCCUCCUCCGGCCGCACCAGCCCCCCCCUGCCGCGCGCCCCCAAGGCUCUCUUCCAGCCCUACCGCGACGACCUCGUCUCAUGAGCGCCCUGAAAUGCCCUUUCGCUCUCGGUGGCUUCUAUCCUUCCCUUCCCUCUCCCUCUUUAUGCCUUCUCCUUCCUCUCUCUACUUCUCUGGCC